GCCGAGCGUCGUCUCUACGAUCGCCGCAACAGUCACUUGCAAGAACUACGCCGGUACGCACAGCUUUCGAGCGAAGUAUUCCAAACAAUUGUCCCAGGCAAUUUUCCUUGAACAAUGGACAAAAACCAGAUGCCUCCACCCGGUUUCGUGCCGCCACCCGCUUACGGCCCCCCACCGUCGACUCAACCCUCCGUGGUCAUCGUCCAGACACCGGCUUUGGGGCCCGAUUCUGUAUCUAUGACAUGCCCGAACUGCCGUGCCAAUAUUGCGACCCGCGUUGAACAGACUUCAUCAACGAAAACCCACAUAAUCGCUCUACUUCUCUGCAUAUUCGGCUGUUGGCCGUGUGCUCCUUGCCCAUACUGCAUCGAUAGCUGCUUGUCCAAGAAGCAUUACUGCCCAGGCUGCAAUGCAUACAUUGGAGAAUACAACAAUUAAUCGCGUCAAAAGUCAAAUUACUUUUCUAUAUCAAAAGUAUCGCAGUGGAUAUUUCUGCUGAAUCAACAAAAGAGAAAAACAAAAAAUAAAAAAAAAAAACAGUUCAAAAAUAAUUAAAUUACCUCUAGAUUUAUGUUAUAUAUAUGCCGUGUAUAUUUAUAUACGAAUACAAAGCGCGUAUAAAUAAUACACGAGCCAACACGCACACGCACAUGCUUGCAUAUAUACAUUGAAACUUAUAUCUGUACAUUAAGCCAACAUAAAAUCUUACGGAAAAACGGGAUAAUAAUAAACAAAUGUUACAAGUCAAUUUUUGAGAUAUUAAGAGAAAAAAUCAAUAUACUUAUAUUAUAUUAUAUCAUAUACAAACGUAAUCAAUUUUUGGUAAAACUUGAUGAGAUAUUGCAGAUUGCGCGUAACUAAAAUAUAAAAAAUUAUCUCGCAUUUAGCAACUUCGAUCGAUUGAUCUGUUCCAUUUUUGUAAAGGUUUACAAAGUCAUUAUACGCAUAACUAUUUUGGGAAAUUUCUUUAUUUCCUACUUCAAGACUAAUGUAAUGAGCUUUUCAUUAAAAAAAUAUCACAACUGCCUAGCUGUUGAAGGAUUGUUCUUUUUACGUUUAUUAUUAAAACUAUACUUGAUAUAAAAGAAACAGUGCAAAUGGGCUUGUAAUCUUAUUUUCUUAACUAUUGUUAUUGCAUUACAGCGUAUAUAGAAGAAGUAAAAUUCAAUCAAACCAAUCUGACCAACAAAAGCAUUUGCUUACUGUAAUCGACGAAUUUUAGUUUUUAGAAUUUUUAUACAAUACAUAAGACAUAAUAAUUGUUAAACGUAAACAAGAUUGAAAAAAAUAUUUUUAUUCAUCGUCCAAUAAUGAACAUUCAGCAAAUGAAUUAUGAAACCACAUUUAGGUGUAAUAAAAUAUCUAUCGUCGCGUCGUCAUUGCAAUUUUUUACCACGGUCUACUUAUAAGUAAAGCAUUUGACAUUCGACCCACUGGCUAGAAGGAAAAUUUUAAGGCUGCUAUAUUAUGCGGCGCAACGUGGAGAUGAAAUAGCCAAGUAAUAGCUUUCGGUAAUUAUUUAAAUAAAAAAAAUAAAAAAACUGAUAUGAAAAUCCGAUGAGAGUCACAAAUUGUAGAUCGACCAAGGACACCUUUAUUAACUGAUUGACCACAUUCAACUAAUAAGUAUUAAUCUGACAAUUUUAUCAAUUAUGUGACCUUGAAAAUGAAAAUUUUUUCACGUGGGGUGGUUACAAUAUGCACAGUAAUCAUGAAUCAACUUAUUGUUUUGCAAUCGAAUCAGAUUGAUGUACUUAUUUCACGUGAAUAAAUUUUGUUGGCAUUCUUA